AUUUAUUUGACAAGUCUUUUCAAUCAAAAAAAAUGGACAUAGACGGCGACAGUCAAGUAGGCACAUGGCUGGAGAAUGAAGAAGCAUCGCUCGAACAAAUUACUAGUAGCUUGAGUACAAUGAGAAACUCUAAAAAGAAUGUAGAUCAGCCCCCUUCAGUAAACAACAUACAAUUGAGACCUACAAGUGAAAUUCCUCCACCGUUCAACUCAAUAUUCAAGUUUGGCUUCUUCAAUAUUAUUCAAACAAAUUGCCUUAAUGCUACGUUUUACGAAAACAACAACUUGGUCAUUUCAGCCCCUACUGGUUCCGGAAAAACAGUUUUAAUGGAACUGGCCAUCAUUCGCAUGCUACUAAAUGGAGGCAAUGAACAAAAGAUUGGCAGCAAAAGUUCUCCUCUUUUGGAAUUGAAUGCAAGCAAAGAAUUUACAGGAGAUACAUAUAACGCUUCAGUUUCUUCACUUAAGAAAGCCACUAUCAUUGUUACCACACCAGAGAAAUGGGAUGCAAUAACGAGACGUUGGGUAGAUCAUCGUCAAUUCAUGCUAUUGAUCGGUCUUUUCUUGAUUGACGAAGUCCAUAUUCUUAAUGAAAAACGCGGUGCUUGCUUGGAAGCAUGUACAAUGGCAAGCAAUAUACGUUUUUUCGCAGUAUCAGCCACGGCUCCUAACUUAUCAGACAUUGCUUUAUGGCUAAAGGCACAACCUCUUUCAUUUUCAGAAGAGUAUCGCCCUAUCAAACUUCAAAGAUUUGUAUAUCCUUAUCCUCAAUCUGAAAUUAAUAUGUUUCUUUUUGAAAGAAAGCUGGACUGGAAACUUUUAGAAUUAGUUCAAAAACACAGUAACAAUAAGCCAGUGUUGAUUUUUUGUUCUACUCGUAAGUCAGCACAACACUCAUGCGAAACAAUAGCCAAGAUGAUGGAUAAGAAAAAGAUACGAUCAUUAAGUGAGCAUUCCAGUGGCAAUCAUCAAUUCAAAGAGAAAAGUCUUUCAAAAUAUGCUGGACGAGGCAUUGGAUUUCAUCAUGCUGGUCUUGAUCCAAGUGAUCGCAGUAAAAUUGAAACUUUGUUUACGAAUAAGGAGAUUAGAGUCAUUGCCACAACUUCUACUUUGGCAGUAGGCGUUAAUUUACCUGCCCAUCUAGUUAUCAUAAAAUCUACACAAGGAUAUCAGGAUGGAGGCCUCAAUGAGUAUUCUGAUAUUGAUAUUCUACAAAUGAUCGGUCGAGCUGGAAGACCAGGUCUUGAUACGUCUGGAUGUGCCGUUAUUAUGACGACUCUUCAGAUGGAAAGCCGUUAUCGUUCUCUUAUUUCAGGUAUUACUAAUCUAGAAAGCAGACUACACGAAAACUUGAUUGAACAUUUAGCGUCUGAAAUAUGUCUGGGAACCAUAACUAACGAAGUCUCUGCUUUGGAAUGGUUACGAUCUACUUUUCUAUACGUAAGAGUAAAAGAAAAUCCAACACAUUACAAGUUGAACGGAUUUACGUCUUUACCUGAUAAUAUCCUACAAGAAAUGUGUGUUAAGGAUCUCAAACUAUUGGAAGAAAACAAGUUGAUUGAAAAGUCUGCUAAAUCAACAUGGAAAGCAACAAAUUAUGGUCGUGCUAUGGGCUGCUAUUAUAUCAAAUUCCCUACCAUGCUUCGAAUUCUUCAGUCGAAGGAGCCAAGUUCUGUAAAGGAAAUAAUGGAUUUGGUCUGUGCUUCCAGUGAAGAAAUGGACAUAAUCAGAUUAAAUGCUGGUGAAAAGCAAUAUCUCAACUCAGUUAAAGAUAACCCCAACAUCCGUUUUCCAAUUGGAAAAAUAAGCACAGUGGCAGACAAGAUUUCUCUUCUCAUACAAUGCGUAUUAGGGGACAUAUCGCUUUAUAGCAAAGGUAAUAACUCGCUGGCUUUAGAAGCGGUAACCAUCAUGAAGCAUGCAGGAAGAAUUGUCAAAUGUAUCCUUGAUUGUAGUAUUCAUGAAAAAAAUCCCAUACGGUUCAAAUAUGCUGUGGAACUAUAUCAAGGUCUGCAAGCCAAGAUAUGGACAACUUCACCUUACGUAGCACUUCAAAUUGAUGGCAUCGGUCCUCAAUCUGCUAAGCUUUUAGCAAAUGCCAACUUUGCAACCAUUGAACAGUUAAGAAAUUGUGACCCAGGACGUAUUGAAAUGAUACUGAACCGCAAGCCUCCGUUUGGAACAAAGAUUAGAAAGCAAAUUGAUGCGAUUCCAAGCUUCUUUUUAGAAGUAAAGCAACUUUCAACAAAGAAAUUUACAAACGAUAGUUCUGAAAAUACUACAGUUUCGUUGCUUGCCGUUAUUGGUCUAAACAAUGAACAUGCGGUAACCUAUGGAAAGUAUGGAAAAGGCUAUUAUGCACAAUUCUGGAUAGAGACAUCCGAAAAGGAGCUCAUUGAUUUCCGACGCAUCUUAGUCUCGAAAUUGCAUGCCAAAAGACAAGAGAUCAAUAUCAAUCUUCAAGUGAAGUCUCCUGAUAUGAUUGUAUGGUGUCAUAUUCAAAGCGAAGAUUAUGUUGGUGUUGAUGUACAAAAAGAGCUUCAAAUAAGUAUUGAUCCAAGAAAAUAUAUCAGUAUUUCUACAGCAUCUAAUGUGAUGAAUAUUCCCCAAAUCGCAGCGCCUCCUUCUAACCAAGAUGAUUAUUCGACUGACAACAAUACAGUAAAGCUAGAAGAGAUAGAUAUAGAUGACGACAACUUGGGUUUUGAAGACUAUAGUAACAUUGAUCCUGAUCUAUUGAACUCUUUAAUUAUGGCUGUAUCAGAUGAAAACGCCCCAAAUUCUUGUUCAGUAAAUAUAGCCUCUAACUCAAACUCAAAGCAAGAAGAUACAGAUUUCCAGGACCAUUUAGAAACGCAUCACAAAAGAAAGAGACCUUCAAAGAGACCUUCAAAGAAAGCAUCAGAAGAAUCGUGUAAACAUUCAUGCAAAAACAAAGAAAAAUGCGCACACAGAUGUUGUAAGAGAAAUCUAAUUCUAAAUUAUGAGCAAACUAUUGGCGUCAAAAGGGUCAAUGUCGAUGAUGAUCCAGAUACUCAAGGCGGCUCUCAGAGCCAACCUAAAAAGAGGCUCAAGCAACUUUCCUUUGAUGAAAUAGCAUCUCAUUCCUCAAAAGAAAAGACAAAUUGUUCUUCUAAUUGUCGAAAUACAGAGCAAGAAGAAGGUUCUCGGUUUGGAUCAAAAAACAAAGUGCUUGAUGAUACACUUGAGCUGAAUGAUGACGAUGAUGUUCUCUUUAUGGACACGUUUGAAAGCAUCUUAGCAGAAAGACCAAAGCUAGUGGCUGAAAAUUCCAACAUAACAACUUUUAAAGAGUCUGAUAUAGACGAUGACUUUGCCAGUCUUACUAUAGACGAUGUUAACUUUGAACAGCUUGAAGUAGUUCCACAGGCCCUCACAAAGCAAGACAAUCUCAGUGAUUGUGACGAAUUAUGGAACUCAGUAGGACAAAUGGCAAACAAAGCCUUUGAAAUCAAAAGCGAAAGUCCGUCUAGAGCCAUGAUGCAAUACAACCCUUCAACAGCCAUUGCAGAACAAAAGAAGGAAAUCAACAAAGAGGACUGCACAUUCAAAUCUUCCUUCUUGGCCAGAUGGAUUGAAGAGAAUGUAGAUAUCAUUGGCCCAUAAAAGUAUAUGCACAUAUUCUAAUAAAAAAAAAUAGUUUUU